AACUGAGCCACUCACAGCCGGGCAUUUUUCACAGUGGCUCAGUCGGGAAGUGUUUAGCUGUAAAUAUUGAUUUUCAUUUCCCCCAUUUAAAGGAUUAUUUUUGAAGUCUCAAAAUGCCUGCAUUCCCCGAACUUUAUUUCAAUGUGGAUAAUGGCUAUUUGGAAGGAUUGGUUAGGGGUUUCAAGGCUGGAAUCCUUACUCAAGGGGACUAUCUGAAUCUUGUUCAGUGCGAAACGCUGGAAGACCUAAAGCUCCAUCUGCAAAGCACAGACUAUGGAAGCUUCUUGGCCAAUGAGGCCUCCCCUCUCACCGUCUCUGUGAUAGAUGACAAACUCAAGGAGAAGAUGGUGGUGGAGUUCCGUCACAUGAGGAAUCAGUCCUAUGAGCCACUGGCCAGCUUCAUGGACUUCAUAACGUACAGCUACAUGAUUGACAACGUCAUUCUCCUGAUCACGGGCACCCUGCACCAGCGCGCCAUCUCUGAGCUUGUGCCCAAGUGCCACCCACUGGGCAGCUUUGAACAGAUGGAGGCUGUCAACAUUGCACAGACUCCAGCUGAGCUUUACAAUGCUAUCCUGGUGGACACUCCCCUGGCUGCCUUUUUCCAGGACUGUAUAUCGGAGCAGGACUUGGAUGAGAUGAACAUUGAAAUAAUCCGAAACACACUAUACAAGGCAUAUUUAGAGGCAUUCUACAAGUUCUGUUCUAGCCUUGGAGGAACCACAGCUGACACCAUGUGCCCCAUCCUGGAGUUUGAGGCUGACCGCCGAGCCUUCAUCAUCACCAUCAACUCCUUUGGCACGGAGCUGUCGAAAGAGGACCGGGCCAAGCUCUUCCCCCACUGCGGCAAGCUGUACCCUGAGGGCCUCGCUCAGCUGGCCCGUGCCGACGACUAUGAGCAAGUCAAAGCCGUGGCGGACUACUACCCCGAAUACAAGCUUCUGUUCGAGGGUGCUGGCAGUAACCCAGGGGAUAAAACUUUGGAGGACCGGUUCUUUGAACAUGAGGUGAAGCUAAACAAACUGGCUUUCCUGAACCAGUUCCACUUCAGUGUGUUCUACGCCUACGUCAAGCUGAAGGAACAGGAGUGCCGGAACAUUGUGUGGAUCGCUGAGUGCAUCGCUCAGAGGCACCGCGCUAAAAUUGACAACUACAUCCCCAUUUUCUAAUAAUCACCGCCUCACCCACUCUCUGAUUUCUCGCUCACUAUCUCUGUCUCUCUCUGUCUCUCCUUAACAUUGUGCAGUCCCUAAUCUACUUGUAACAGACACUUUAAUUUAUUAUAAAUAUAUAUAUAUAUAUAUAUAUAUA